CUUCGGUACCGGCGGGGGAGGUGCCGGCCGCUCCCGGCUGGCCCCGCGGGCUCUGCGCCUCCGUCGAGUCUGCGCCGGCGCGGCCGGGCCCCCGACCCUGACCCGGGAGACGCGCCCCGUGGGAGGGAACGGGAUGUAGUUUCUCCGGGAGCUGAAGGCUGCGGGGACCCGGCGAAGCGCGUUCCCUUCCGCCCGGGUGGGAUGAGCGUCGCUCCGCAGCGGCCGCUGCCUGCGUCCCGGGGCCGCGCCGUGUCCGGGUCCGUCCCGUGUGAGACCCGCCUUGGUGCAGGCCGCGGGGCGGCUCUUGCGGGGAUGCUAAUAGAGGAUCCGAUUGCCACUUGUCUCUCUCCCCCAGUCUAUGAUAUGAUCUGUAAACUGGGGUUUGAAGUCAGAGAAAAUUGGGAUAUCGAUCGCAUUGUAACCCAGAGGGGAGACGUGUGCUGGCCGACCAUCACAGCCUGUGUGAUGUAUACACGGUCAGCCCAGAGUCUGGAUUACCGGGGCAGCGUGCGGCUGCUGGGCCCUGUGUGUGAGGCCGUCCACUCGCAUUUGUUAUCUCUGACCAAGGGACAGUUUGAGACUCGAUACGCGCCGUGGCUGCAGUGGACAGCUUUUCCAGAGUUAUUUCCUGAAAUAUUUGCUGCUUUGGAAAGCCUCCAGGGUCCCGCCAUCUCUCUUGGCUUAAUGAAACUGACGGCGUGUCUAGAACGGGCUUUGGGAGAUGUGCUCGUCCUGCUCGGGAAGGACUGCCCCUUCCUUCUGCGAGACCUGCUUGUGUCUGAGGAGCUUGCUGCGGUCUUCGGGCGGCCUGUGAUGGACGUGCUGAAGGUCUUCGUCGGAUCCCCGUGUGGACUCAACUUGCGUAACGUGCUGUGGCACGGGUUUGCCUCCCCUCGCGAGAUCCCCCCGAAGUACUGUUCAAUGAUGAUGCUCUUGACCGUGGGGCUGGGCCAGCUGCUGAAGAGGUACUUGGAGCAAACGAGACGUGUGCUGGCGCACCGACCUCGCGUAGCUCUCGCACACCUGGAGGAGGCGGCUGUUUUCCCUGACGUUACUCCCGAGGUACUUGGUGUGUUAGAAGACGUGAUGAGGAACUCCACUUUCAUCCGGAAGGUCAUGAUGCCGUACUGGGAAGCUGCGUUCCUCAGCUUCCGGUCACACAGGUUUGCUGACUGUGCCGUGUUGUUACUGACGCAGCUGGAGGCGGGACUUAGGAGAGUUUUUGCCGCCGUUAACCAGUGUCCGAGAAGACUUCUGACCGCUGAGCCCACGGCUCUUUAUACCACCUUUGAUGAAAUAUUGGCAAAACACUUGAACGACGGUAAAAUCAAUCAGCUUCCUCUUUUCCUUGGAGAGCCUGCGAUGGAGUUUCUUUGGGAUUUCUUGAACCAUCAGGAGGGCCCUCGUAUAAGAGACCGUUUAAGCCAUGGGGAAAUCAACUUACCUGAAUUUCCAAAAGAAGCAGCAAAUCAGUUGCUUGCGUUUUCUGGGGUCCUUUUACUCAGAUUCGUUGAUGAAGAUCUGUCAGCAGCCUUCAAGGAAGAAGCUGCCAUCGGAUCGCUGGCCGCUCUCGCAGACGGUUACCGCGCUCACUUCCACCCAGUUUCUCAGCUGAAAAAACAGGUGCUGAGCUGUGAGAAGAGCAUCAGGGUUUGGCCCCUCCUGCCUUUGCCAGAAGAGGCCGCCCGAUCAGUGGCUACUUCUGAAACACAUGCCUGUGAGGCUUUCGUCACAGAAAUCCUGCGAGAGCUGCUCCGCCAUCUGCCCGAGCGCGACGGCCUUGUCAGUGGCUGGGAUGGUCUCCCCGCUGGGAGGUGGCCUGAGGCGAUCCAGGAACUCUGCGGCACCCCCAUCUGGACUCUCUUCUGUCCCAGAACCGUCCUGGAAGUGGUCACCGUGCUCCGAAGCAUCGGGGCCCGCUGCGCCUGCGUGUCCCGCCAGGUCGCUGCCUCGGCGGAGCUGAGACACCAGCAGUGGGUGGAAAGGAGGCUGCGCUCUCGGCAGAGGCAGACCUACCUGCACAUGGUGAGCAGUGUUAAGCUUCUGUCCCCUGUGCUUCAGUUGAUUUUAUUGCUGAUUGCCCUGGAGCUGGUCAACAUUCACAUGGUUGGUGGAAAAAGUCCCUGUGAAUAUCAACAGUAUCUAAAGUUCUUGAAGUCAGUCUUGCAGUACACGGAGAAGCUGGUGGCGCACACCAGCCAGCAGAGGAACAAGUGGAGCGAAGCUAUCAGUCUUACUCGUGCCGCUCUACUGAAGAUGUGGAGUUUUACUGAGAAGAAGCAAAUGUUGAUACACUUAGCCAAGAAAUCUGCAAGUAAAGGAGACCUAUGAAAACACUUAGAAGUCAAGAUGUUUUUGGCUGCGUCUGAGAACCGAGCCUGAGUUGGCUUUACCAGCACAGAGAUGGAAAAGCCGUAGGUAGGGUGGGUGGCAGGCUCUGUUUGAUCAGGGAUAAGUUUCAUUUUUCUGCAGCUUCUGAAUGGCUGUUCCUGCCUUUGUGUGAAACCUAGGCUGUACCAUUUUGGUCCCCACACCACGACGCAGUGUCCAGGAGGAGCUUUUUACCCACGUGUCACCCAGAAAACUCUUGAAAACGGUCCGUGUGGCCAGGACCCUGUCCCCUGUGCUCACUGGCCGGGCUGGGUCGGCUCCACUCCUGAGACCCCACUGGGGCACAGAGGAGGAGUGUGGGCCAGUCCAGCCUCAUCCUUGGAGCUGAGAGAGUGAGGUGGGGUGCUCCAGAUCCUAGGGGACAGAGCUGGGGAAGGAGGCGGGCUGGGUGCACGUGGCCACCAGGUGCAGGUUUGUCUGCCCCUGUGUGGCCGAGAGAGCGGGAGCCCUGGCACGUGUCUGGGUAGGGAGCGGGGAGAGCUGGAGUGAGGGGAGUGGGUGCAGUUAGCCCAGGGCUGCUUGGAGAGCUGAAGGCUGUGGUUCUCAAGGGCUCUGGACACUGCAGUUGUCCGGAGCAUCUGUCUCUGGUGACAGGAGCAAAGCCAGUAGCUCUCGGGCCCGCUGUGAGGCUGUCCCUGACCGCAGGUCUGCAUCUGCACUCAGCUGCACACCGCGAAUCGUGGCCUCUUCUCCAAGGCCCAGACCUCUCGGGCAGGUUCUAGCCCAAGGAACAGUGUCUACCCUGUGUGUUUCUGGAUUCUCUGGUGUCGGAGGGCAGUGCUGAAGAGACCUCAAAGGGAAGGGGUGGUGCUGGGGGACAGCAUACAUUCUGGAGCAUUCCAUCCAUCCCUUUGCCAAUUCAGCACCCACCACCCCUUUUAAACUAAACUCCAGGUAAGGACAGAGAGAACCAAGCUUUUGCCCCUGCCUUCUGCUGCAGGUGUAGACCCCACAUCCCACGUUGUGCAAGCGUCUGCCCCUGGGACGCAGCCUUCUCUGCUGCAGGUGUAGAUCCCGGAUCUACAAGCUUCU